AUGGCGAUCUCCGGCGGGGCCUGGGCCUCAGGGCUGGCGGGGCUGCUGUCCGCCAUGGCCGCCCUGCUCGCCAAGCUGGCCGUGGGGCCCGCGCCUCGGGACCGGCCGAAAUCCCUGCUGUUCCGGAUAGUUUGUGCCAUUUUCUUCUUUGUUUCCAAUUCCCUGAUGUGGACCUUCUAUGCCAAAGGACUCAAUCUCGCCUCCUCUUCAGCCAUGGUUUCCAUUAUGACGACCACAGCCAACUUCCUGGCCACCGCAUUCUUUGGGUACCUGCUGUACGGAGAGACUCGCACCAUGCUGUGGUGGGUUGGCAUCGGCAUGACCAUCUGUGGGCUCCUGCUGCUGCAGACAGAAGUUUCCUGUGCGGAGGGCAGGAGAGCUGCCAAGGAGAAAGAGAAGUAGUCGACUGUUAGCCCAGACCGGCGUCCCAAGAACCACCGUGGCCCCUUGGACCCGCAGAGCUGAGAGUUGGCCCGGGGCUCGGUGGAUUUUCAAACUGAGACUUUGGCAAGCGCCGGGCUGCAAGAGGGAAAUCCUCGUCGUCUUCAAUCUAAUCGCUCUCUCUGAAUCUUUGGUUUUCGUGGAGUAGAUCGGGGCAUGUUGGAGCUGUUUGCCACAUCCUCCUUCCCCCUCCCCAGCAUAUUAGGGAGGCAAACGCAUAAGUGUGGAUGGCGACAUUAACCCAUGGGGAGCCUUGGGGGACAGAGAAACCUUGCAGCGGGGCUGUCGUCGCUUUCCACCCUUAAAGGCCAAGUCUAGUAAUGCUAAGGGAAAUCAGGCAGCCUUCACAACACUUCCAGUGGCCUUGAAAAAGUAUUGAAAAAAUAACAAGCGGUUCAUCAGUUUUAACCACAGAGGGGUGGUGAGAAGGCACUUACCAAUAAAUACCUUUUCAAGAAA